AUGAGUGCUUCCGAGGGCCACUGGGAACCCCUAGCCGAGAUUUACCUGUCGCAUCCACUGGUUAAGGAUAAGAAAAAGAGCAUCUAUUGCUUGUGCAGUCGUGUAUUCAUCAAAAACUACUACGAUGUUUACGUGUCCACCUUGGAACGUGGUGAUUCUGUACCCUUGAUUCCAUCGAUGGAUCCCAUAGCGCAAACAGAACGGUCAUAUUCCCCGAUAGCAGUGAAGCCAGCAGAAACUGCGGGUGUUGCAGAUAAUGUAAAAGAAACUGUAAAAUAUUUGGCUGGUGGUGCUUCAGACGAACUCUUGGAUGUACUGGACCGUGCAGAGGUGGACGAUGUGUUUAUCGAGGAACCUCUAAUAAAGCAACUUAGCUUUGGCCGUGAUGGUGUGCGUAAAAUGCCAUCCAAAUGGGGUGAUCGCGAUGCGGGGACUACCAGUGACGCCAGCUGCUACUUCAGUGCCAGUGCCAGUCACUCCGAUACCAACUAUUGCAGUACUGACGAGCACGAACAUGUACUCUAUGCUUCUGGCGGUGGAUCGCAAUCUGUUGCGGCAGGCUUAACGACGGGUAACUCAACUGUAAGAAGUAUCGUAACAUCCGGAUUGCACUCCAGCGACAGUGGUGCUGACCUGUCGGAACGAAUUCAUGAACGGAAGCUAUCGCUUAAAGAUGAGCUGCUUGAAAGCGGCCGAUCUAACACCGACGAUAAUGAACAUGGUCCAGGUUGUGCGGGGCCCAUUACAACCGUUGCAUCAAUGGAACGGAAUAACAGUCUUCCAGAGGCAUUCGGACGGGAGGAUUUACACGACGCAUGGGAAACGUUCUGGAGCAAACAUGGCGAGGCAAUAAUUUGGGCGUCCUGGAUUGAAAAGUAUAGUGACUAUAUAAAUCCGGAGUAUCUAGAACCGGAAGAUGCUGGCCAGGCCACUGGUACCAAUACGCCUCAUGACAAAAGUGAAGCCACUCCGGGAACUGCGACAGAAGUGGAUAAAGAUUUUUCUUUCGAUAACGAUGCAAUAACGGCAACCAGCAUGGAAAUCGUGGUGUCCGCCUGUUCGCCCCAUCCCUACACAAAAUCAACUUACCAAAUGGCACACUGGCCAUUGCCUUUCAGUCAAGGCACAGCGGUCAGCAGCAGCGGCGGUGGAGGUGUAGAUGAUGUUCUUUGGUGUGCACACCGUUCAGGUAGCUGCGAAAAUGAAGCUCUGCUAAGUCCACGAUGUGAUUCGGUAACGUCGAGCAUACCGCUUACGAUAGGCACCACGGAUUCCAUGACUAACGUCACGCGGAUGACAAUUUCGAGUUACGAUUUUUGUAGCUCGAAGGUAAGCUCGGAAAGUUCAAACCUUUCUGCAAGUCUUAGUUCUGAACAUUCAAACGAAAGCUCGAACAGUUCGGAUAUGCUUGAAACAGAGUAUUUAGUAGGUGCGAAUCAAACGGCUGGAGCACCGAUACCACCAGAUGAAGAGGCCGCGAUGGAUGGCGAGCAAUAUUGGCAGAUUUUGUGGCAACAACAUUUCCAAGAGCUGUACGCCAAACAGUACCAUCACUUCAUGGCCGAACACGCGAACGAUGAGCAAAGUGCGAGCUGUGGUGAACGUAACACAAACUCAAAGUAUCAUAAACGAAAGCGUCAUAGCAAUAAUGGUGGAAGCAGAAGCGAUACCCGUUCCUACCAGUUACACCAGACGGAACAGCAGCUUCCGGAAAUGGUUGCAGAAAUGCGCUUGUCACAAACGGAAGAAAUGAAUGAACCGAAGGAUGGAAACGACGACACGCGUAACAAGGACACUAAAAAUGCACAAACAGCGGAGUCGGUCGAAGAUUUAUCGAUGGUACUGCAAUCGUACGGUUUACCAACGGCAUUUGGAAAACCAUCGCAAUCAUCACAUGCCGGCGACGGUGGUGACGACAGACCACCGAAUGAAAAGCCGAUCAACCUGAAACGCAGUCACGAGAGUGACAAUGAAGAAACGCCAAAAGAACGCCUGAAGGCUGCAUUUGAGCUGAUGGGAUACUCUUUCUCCGAUCCGGCCAAUGAGACGGAAUCGAUCAUAAACCUCUCUGGCGAGGUAUUUUAUCGCAAGAAACACAUUCGGCUACACAAUCGAGUGUUGAAAAUGAAACACCACAAACCGAAGCAUACAUACUUCGAUGACGACGGGAACGAACUGCAGAUGGUUGGCGCCACCGACAAGACCGAUUCUGCCGCUCCGGAAGCAUUGCUCCUUCACACUUCUUCCGACGACGAUGAAACCAACCCGGGAGCGCUGGGCAGAGCAAGUGUACGAUCGAGUGCGCUCCUCGAGUAUAAUCUGCUUCCGAUUGCUGUCGGAAAGGAUGUUGAUUCACUGGAAAGUGGUGAUGGGCCCGACACCGUUGCGGAAACUCCAGCUAUUGCUUCCAGCGAAAGUGGGUGCGCCAUGUCAACCAGCACGAAGAAGGAAAAGAAAAAGAAGCGCAAAACUAAAUUCGUGGCCAGCCUUCCGGCCGACAUCGCCAACGACAGAUCACUGCUUAAGUACUGGUAUAAGCGAUUUUCUCUGUUUUCGCUUUUCGACUCGGGUAUUCGACUAGAUCGGGAAUCUUGGUUUUCGGUCACACCGGAAAAGGUGGCAUCACAUACAGCCGAACGUUGUCGUUCGGAUCUGCUCAUCGACGCAUUCUGUGGCUGUGGAGGCAAUACGAUUCAGUUUGCUUUCAGCUGUCAAAAGGUGAUUGCAGUCGAUAUCGAUCCUCGGAAGAUUGAGAUGGCCAAACACAAUGCAGCGGUGUAUGGAGUAGCGGACCGUAUAGAGUUCAUUGUUGGAGAUUUUAUGCAGCUGGUCGAUCGAUUGCAGGCAGAUGUUGUGUUCCUAUCGCCUCCGUGGGGUGGUCCUGGAUAUCUGAAGGAAGAAGUGUACGAUUUGGAGCAAUCGCUACUACCUGUACCGGCCACGCAGCUGAUGCAAGCUGCCCAGCGAGUGAGUAAAAACGUCGCCAUCUACUUACCGCGCAACUCGAACACACAGCAACUGACGAUGUUGGCAGGACCAAACGGUGCCGUUGAAAUCGAACAGAACUUCCUCGACCGUAAACUAAUCGCACUGACCGCAUAUUAUGGAGAUUUGAUCAACGAAUAA